AAAGGAGAAGAUUUUGAUCUUCGCAUUCGGGUUCACGAUGACAAAUUUGAAAUUUUCGGAAAUCAAAAAGAAAUUCACGUCUAUAAAACCCGUGUCAACAUUGCCGCAGUGGAGUAUUUCGCCGUCCGUAAAGACGUACAGUUGAAAGGAGUACACUGGGGCGGACGCUAUUACAAUUUGCCGUUCGAGACUCAGUUUCCUGGUGGAUAUCUGAGGGCCGAAGAACGAGUCUACGUCUAUGGUAUCCCGAAGGGUGAUCGUUUCGAAAUCAAUUUCUUGGCACAAAAUGGUGAUAUCCUUUUCCACUUCAACCCGCGAUUUAAAGAAAAGAAG